AUGUUCAAAGAAGGGACCAUAUUCCACAAGUUGUGGUACUUCCUCCGCACCUACAUUCUCACAAUACCAAGAUUCGACCUGUUCCUGCAGGGAACUCUACUCAUCGUUAUACUCCUGGAACACAACGUAUACCUGUUGCUGAAAAGAGAUGCAGAGACAGGCUACCAUCCUUUGUUGAUUCGCGAUUGGGUGUUUAUUGGUGCUACAAGUGCCGAUGUCCUCUUUGGCGCUCUCCUCUCGUGGUUCGGACGGAAGAAGAGACAUUUUGCUUUAGCCUUUUGGAUUGCUAUCACUGCAGCAUCAGGUUUACUGGUAUUGGCCUUCCCAUUUGCAAAAGAACACAUUGUAAACGUUGAACUUUGCGGUGGGGACAUUGUACCCAGGGAAGUGACCACAUCAGACCCCAAUAUCGUACCCCGGACUGUGAUGCUCAUUAUCACGGCUGUACUGUGCUCCCUGACCAAGCUGGCGAUCUGGUCACUCGGUUUAACGUAUCUGGAUGACCAUGAACCACAUAGUGGACCAUACUUUUAUGGUAUCCUAAUAUCGAUCCGGCUGUCCCUGGGGCUGUCCGGCGAGAACUGGCUCAUCCCCAGCUCAACGGGAGAGGACUGGUGGGUCACACACAUCUCAUUGGGCAUGCUAACGCUCAUGUUUGCCUUUUUGUUUAUUCUGUUUCCGAAGAGAAUGCAGGGUUAUGAACCGCCUAAAGACGAAGUGGAGAAUGGAUUUUUCGCGUCACUACGUGAUAUAUUUCGCAAUAAAACAAUUGUUACAAACAUCGUGUCGUUUUCUCUGCUCAAUCUCGCAUUAUUUGAAUUUGUACGAUUUGAUGCAUCUUACAUACAAGGUAGAUUUGAAAUGGAGACCCUCAGACCAGACCCACGUUCGUCCAGACUCGUCGGCAGUCUCUUCAGACCACUGGUUGUCAUCUUCUUCAUUAUGAUAUUUCGCGUCCGUUUUUCGGUCCGACGUCAAGAUGGUGUGAAAGCCAAUACUGCGGCGCGGGUGGGAGGGAUCGUAGCUUUCUUUGCGGCCAUCUUCUUUGUGGUGUUGACACUCCUCGACUGUGAGCCACAGGGUAUAAAUGGGGUUUCAAAUAGCGAAUACACACAACCAAAUUGCAGUGAACACUGCGGGUGCAACUCUGAAGCCUAUGGUUAUUCGCCAUUGUGCCUCGUCCCUGGGAUGAACACUUAUUUUUCCCCGUGCCACGCGGGGUGUACGACGACGGAUGAAAUCGGCGGAUUGAUAACGUUCCACAACUGCUCGUGUAGCUCUGGAAACGCUGUGAUGGGAUCCUGUUCCAUCAUCUCCUGCCAGACUGCAUUCUCCGUGUACCAAGUCAUCUUCACCGUCUCCCUGGGUAUAGCCGGUGCGGCGGUGCUGAUGCAGGGUAUGGUGCCACUGCGGGCGGUGGCGGUGUCCUCUCGGCCGUUGGCCCUGGGCGCUUCGCUGGCGAUCUCUGCGCUCCCCGCACACGUGCUUGGCAGACUUCUCUACAUGCACAUCAGCGACUUAACCUGCGCGUAUAGCAACGACGGAGCCUGUUUAUUUCACAACCCCAGUAUACAAUGGAUGCCAGCGUCCAGCGCCAUCUUGGCAUUCCUCUCGGGCGUAGUUAGUUUAAUAGCCAGUAAAUUUGCUAAGAAUAUUACUAACGACUAGCAUGUAAUAGUGAGUAACACUAGAGAAAAGUUUAUUUCAUAAUGAGGCACUUAAUAGGUCACGGCUACGGACAUUUUUUAAGUUUUUACGGCGCUUGAA